AUGGGUUCUUGUUUGCGCAAGAUCGCUUACAACGCUGCCUAUGGACCAGCAGAGAGGGACCUUGCCAACUAUCUUCGUACAGUCACGCCAGCCGUCGUCCUCGACGACUUACGUGAUUAUCUGGUACAGUAUGGAGCUGGGGGGAACGCACUUCAGGCGAUAUUCGACGCGUGUAGCGUCCAGGACUCGCCCAACGAGCAGCCUCAUUGGACAAAAGAAAGCCUUCGGGAUCACAUCGCAAAAGCACACCCGGACACUACCAUCCCGGACACAGCCAUCGACGUUUUGUGGUCAUGCUUCUAUUUCUACGCGUUUCACCCAUUCCCACGCCAUGGUGCUGAUAACGGGAAAAUAGAACGACCCGCAUUUGAGCGUGCCAUAAUUUUGCUUGCUUUUAAAGGCACAGAGUUCCUAGGAACUACGCGUGGGCAUCACUACCGGGCGUCCACAUACGGCAGGCUCUAUAUAUGUAGAUCCAACGUCGACCGAAUCUUCCGAAGUAUCGGUCGGGUCAGCCAUCGGCCGAACCAAAGUUCUCUUGGCUCUCCAUUCAUAGAUGAGGAUGUGAUGGAUGUUUUGGCCUCGGCGCAACCCAAUCCUGUCAAAGGAAACCUAGGCGCAAAUACACUGAAGCUGCCAGCGCAACGUCUCCUCAAAGGCGCAAAUCCUCAGUAUCAGGUACAUAUCAAAGACCUGACCACUCUGACCGGUCUACUAAACAGGAUGAGGCUUUAUAAAUUGACCUGGGGUCAGCAAUGUUUUCACUACGGCUCGCUUGAGAAUUCCAGCCCUCAGAAAAUGGAGCUCGUGGAUAUACUAGUCCAACCAUUCCGGCCUGAUCGGGAAGGUUUCUUAACGCUCGAUUCGAUGACUCGAGGCUUAGAUAUCUUGCCAAAUCUCGAGCAGCGUUUCCAUCAACUAUGGGCAAUCAUCUUCCAACCUCCUAUCCCUGAGGCCAGUUUAGCAUUUGGAACAGAGUCGCUGCCGGAUUCCACUAUGAGCGACAUCCUACGCUCAGUAUCAUUGUUCGUGCCACCAUAUGAGGCCCAUGGAAAACGUGAACUUGCACAAAGAUUCAGACCAUUCUCCUUUAGAACAAUAUAUCAGUCGUCAGCUCAGGAAUUAGAUGACAGCGUCGCUCUCACUCAUAUCAUUCAGAGUAUUGCUGAAAGAGAUUCCGACCAUCGGCCUCACCUUCUUCUUUUCCUUGGGGAUCAAGCCCAGAGCCAGUUACCAGAAGUCAUGGGCGCAUUUUUCCCUGGCACUUCCAGAAGACAGAGUACCGAAGAAGAAGAUAUAUCCAAGAAAACUGGAGAAUUCAAGCUCGGCCCACCACAGCUUUUGUUCCAGCUUCAACCAAGUUUCAGAGUACACCGGUGGAACGGAGCGGACAGAAUCUCUCGACCGUUAGCAUAUGGAUCUAUGACAGGCAACCUUAAAGAUCUAGCCGCACAUUACUGGAUAGGCGACCUAGAUGGGUCAAAAGUCGGCUUGGAAAUUGACCCAGUCACUAGACAGGCUAAACUUGUCCAGAACAAGGCCGCCGCCGCCGAUUGGAGCGGAGGUGGGUACGAGGAUGCGAUCAGGAAUAAUGAAAAUAGUGAGGCUUCGAGCGAGAAAUCAAACGAAGGCACCGAGGCAGGCUUUACGGUGACUCAUAUUUGCGUCUACAGAAUAGAAGGUGGCGAUGAUAUGAGCGCCGGUGGGUUUGAUAUAGAUGACCAAUGGGAGGUAUAUGAAGGUUUAUUGCCAAGAAGGGCUUGA